CCUCGACAGAAACUCCAAUGCCAUCUCAGGUCUUCCCCGCCGAGAGACGCCCUGUUUGCUCAAAGAUACACGAUGCCAAACGAGUUUCGAGUCCGACAGUACAUAAAAGCCAAUUUGGAGGGGGAGGACAAACGGAAUAGCACCACUUGUGGAGCAUCCGACUCCGAACGGGCACGCAUAUAUAAUACCACCGCGGAAACAGACCCGGGCCCCACUUCAACUCAAACCAACUCUUUCAUCGUCGCUCUCUCUUCUCUCUCCUCUUGCUGUCCUCCCUUCUUCUACAUCUUUACCUUCUACGCCUCUCAGCCCUGGCUCCCCGACUAUGACUACGGCGGCGGCCGGGAAUGCAGCUGGGAAUGA